AUGAAGCCUUACAAUUAUCAAAUAGAAUUGGCUCAAGAGGCCAUCAAGAGAAAUAUCGUGUGUGUUUGUCCCACAGGAAGUGGAAAGACAUUGAUAGCUGCUUUGGUCAUUGACCAACUUUAUCAUCAAGAUCUGGUGAAUCAUUGUUCGGAACACGUUGGUGAGAGAGAUCUUUGUCCUUGCCAUUAUUGUGAAAAAAAUUCUUCUUCUUUGAACAACGCAUCACAGCAUGCAGAUUCUCAAAAGACAUUUUUCAUCGUUCCAACGAAUGCCCUUAGGAAACAGCAACAAGACACCUUGACAGAAUAUUUCUCGACUCGUAAAUGUUCACGUGUGAAGGUGAAAAAAGAUUUCGUUAUAUGCAAUGGAAAAACUUGGAAUGUCUUGGUAUGCACGGCACAAUCUCUUCUGAAUGCACUUGAUAAUGACACAAUUUCGAUGAAGGAUGUCAAACUGCUCAUAUUCGAUGAAGCUCAUCAUGCCGUUGGAGAUCAUCCUUACAUAGGGAUCAUGCGAAAACAUUACCAUUCCCACAAAAAUAGAAUCGAGAAUGCAGAAAUGAACCAACAAUUCAUGUUCAUGCAGGAGAAUGAUGUGACGUCAAUUAAUACUCUACCAAGAAUUUUGGGCUUAACUGCCACUCCAACGUCCCAUUCUCUUCAUAAGAAUGUCAUCGACAUGCAUGCCCAGAGUUUGAAAAAGAACAAACUAGAAUUUUUCCUCGAUGUAUGUAUUAUUGCUCCAAGACAUCAUAUUGAGGAGAUGCAGUGCCACACUGCGAACACAUUUCAACAUGUCCUCACCUACAAAAAAUCUGAAAACAUUGAAACCAUACAAAUUAUGAAGGAUUUUUGUAGCGGAUACAGCGCCUUAACAGACUACAAAAGCAUUAUUGACGAGGAGUACAACUGUUUGGGAGAAAUGGGAGUCCUAUUUUCUUUUCAGUACUUGAGUGGUAAAGAAAAAAUUGUAGAUAGUUAUCGAGAAUUCGAGAUGAAGUACCAACACUUGGAUCACCUCAGAGAUUCAUCAUUUAAAUUUGAAAUUAUCGAACAAAUCAGAAACUCUCCUUAUCUAUCUUCAAAGGUAAAAAGUCUUUUUGAGCUUUUGAUCGUUUACAAAAACACGGUAGGGGAAAACAACGCAAAAUGUAUCAUCUUUGUGGAAAAAAUUGCGCAUGUCAAAGUACUUACCAAAAUACUGAGAAGCUUCACAGAGUUUGAUUGCUUCAACUGUAGUGAGCUUGUUGGUAUAAGCAGCAUGAGCAGAAAAAAUCAACAGAAUAUUGUGAAAGACUUCUCGAGAAGAAAAGUGAAAUUGCUUGUUGCUACUAAAUCAGGAGAAGAGGGUAUUAACGUUUCAAAAUGCUCUCUAGUGAUACAAUACGAUUUGUGCAAUACCACUAAGGAACACCUUCAAUCGAAGGGUCGAGCUCGUUUCCAAAAUUCUCAUUAUAUUAUAUUUUCAGAAGAAGGGAACUUUGAACACAAAAAUAUCAUUAGAAACCUGGAAAAGACACUCACUGAACCUUUAAGCUGUUUUACUUUUGAACAAUUCAGAGAAAUGUUAAUAUCGAGCCCAGUAUCAAUACCUGAAGAUGAAAAUGAGCAGGAUGACGGCAAUAAUGAAUCAAACAAUGAGACUUACUCAAGCGAUGAAGAAGAGGAAAUGGAGCCUUUUUAUGUUCCCACUAGCAUUAGAAAUGAUAAUUUACAAGCACAAAAACAUCAAAUGGAGGGAAUGACGUUGUUCUUCAGCCAUCUUAAUGGUUUCUUGAGCAACUUCUCUAAUAUUUCAUUUGGUAUUUUAACUUUCCAGUUAAUGAAGCCCAUAAGGUCCAUGAAAAUUAAGAAUCUUUACGGUGAAUUGAACGUAGAUCCAAAGUGUUUUUUUAGAUGUAGCACAGAGGAGUUUGACAUUCUCCAACAAUUCCACAUGUUAUUUUUCAAAAUACUGUGCAAGUUCAAAUCUGAUCAAAAGUACAGCACAGAGGAUGGUAGAUUUUAUAUAAUCACACCUACAACCAUCUCUAUGCAGUCAGAACCUCUUAAUCCACACGCUUGGAUUGAUUGGCAAUUUAUGAAACAAUUUAUCAGAGAUUUUGGGAAGAACAAUUCUACGUCACAAGCCGCGUCACAAGAGGAGCCAUCGAUUUUAGAUAUUUGGAAAAGUGGUCAAUCAAUACCAACCGAUAGAAUCAUCGUUACUAUGUACAAUAAUUUCCCUUACUUUUUACUGGGAGUUGAUUUUAGUAGAAACCUUCAAUCUCCUUUCAACGACACAAAAAAGUCAUCAACAUUUAAGCAAUAUUAUGAGCAAAAGUACAAACUGGUUGUGACAGAUUGUACUCAACCAUUACUAACAUGUUCAGCCGAGAGAGCUGGAAAGAAUUCUGUGUUUUUGAUUCCUGAAUUUUGUAGAAGAACUUGCUUUUCCAUUGAGUUUUAUAAUCUUUCAAGGCUCGUUUUCACUACUAGCAACGAAUUGAACUUUUUGUCUCUGUUAGAACAGCUGCUCAUUGUUGAAGAUUUGAGGGAAGCCAUCAAGCUUCCUACCUCUGUCGAUGGAGACAUUAUACGAAAAGCCAUCACUCAUAGAUCAGCCCAAAAUUUAGACUUUAACUAUGAAAGAUUGGAAUUCAUGGGAGACAGCAUCCUCAAAUAUGCUGCCACUAUGGAUAUUGUUCUAAAAUAUCCAUCCGAGACAAUGAAAUUCUACAACGAGGAGCGUCAAAGCAAAGUUAGCAAUGCUAACUUGAAACUCGUUGCCAGGAAAUUUGGACUUCAACAAUUUUACAUUGAAACACAAUAUUAUCACCACAAAGUUGCCGGGUUUUCCUACACAAAAUCGAAACAAAUCGCUGCCAUGCGUGGUAAGAAACUGUUAGCCAAUAUGAUGGAAAGUUUAACAGGAGCGCUCAGUGAGAAUGACAUGCAGUAUGGAGUGACAUUUUUAAAGAAUAUGGGUAUUAUUGAGAGAGAUUAUUUUACUUGGGAUGGGUUCUUGUUCUCGAACAAACCUUCACAACUUAAGGAAAAAAUUGAAAUGAUUGUGGUGGACAUGAGAGAACGAGUGAAUAUCUUGCAACACAAGCUCUCCUAUCAAUUCAAAGAACCUCUUUAUGCUUAUUUGUCCUUGUUACACCCUUCAGCAAACAUAGGAGGCAAUGCCCAUAACGAUACGCUUGAAUUUGUGGGAGAUGCUGUAUUGGAUUUGUAUAUUGUUCGCACUCUCUAUCAAAAGUUUAACUUUGACGAAAGUGUCAUGACCGAUUUUAAGUCACAAUUUGUGAAAAACACGUCACUUCAAGAGAUUGCAGAUGAAUCACAAUUGGCUCCUCUCCUCUUCAUACCCACCAAACAAUUGAAAGGUAAAAUUGUGAGCGACAUGAUUGAAGCUAUUAUUGGGGCAGUAGCAUUAGACUGUGGAAUGAAUUGGGAAGUAAUUUGCAAAGUCAUCGAGAACAGCUUUUUACAAGAGCCACUUCAAAAGUGGUUAGAGAGGGUUCAACAAUAUGCAAAAGAGAAUCAAAAGGAAAUAACCUCUUUGCCUUCCUCUCUCCCAGGUGUAACUCAAUCUUUUAUGGAUACAAUCCCUUCCGAGAAGUUUUCAAAAGAUGAAAAUUCCACACACUCAACCUUUAUGGAAUUCAUUUCCAAACAAUUCAACAACAUUCAAGUGAACUUGGUUUUGAAGGUUUUCCUCGAUCAUCUUACCUCAGAAAGCUAUUUGAGGAAUUUUUCACUUCAACAAAUAGCUCAUUAUCAAAGUCUAUUUACAUUGAACGAAAUGCCAAAGAUCAUUUUGUCCACUUCACCUUCAUUUAUGAAAUGGUAUUAUCUCGACCAAGACAAUGAUUGGAUUUUAUUUGAUACGCAACACGAAUGGGAAUAUUUUCUUUCUAAUAAGUUGUCACAUUUGUUGUCGUCAACCACAUUGCAACCCCCCAAUACACCCAUGACAUUGAAUCUCACACUUGGUGUUCAUUUACAGGAAUAA